UUAAGCGCACACCCACAGACUAUCAUGUGACUGACUGGGGGUGUGAUUGUUUGUAGCGGGCAUUUGUUUUAGAUCGUGGCUCUAGAUUGCCGAUAUAAUAUCUCUAUAAAUAGAGUCCGUGUUUAAAAACGCCACCAGACCGGCACUAGAAGCCAAUAUGCUGCGUGUGGUACUGCUUAUGGGGGCCCUGGCCCUGGGCUCAGCUGCACAACCCGGAAGUAAGAACACGACCAAGCCACACAUCGUCUUUAUCGUGGCCGACGACCUGGGUUGGAAUGACGUCGGCUGGCACAACCCUGACGUCAAGACGCCUGUUCUGGACCAGCUGGCGCAUGAAGGCGUCAUCUUCAACCAGUCUUACGUCAACUACGUCUGCACGCCGUCCAGAACAGCCUUCAUGACCGGAUACUACCCCUACCACGUGGGCACUCAGCAUCAGGUGAUCUUCCCCUGGCAGGCCUCGUACGUUCCGUCUAACUUCACCUUCCUUCCCGAGAAGCUGAAGGCGCUGGGGUACGCCACGCACAUGGUGGGCAAGUGGCACCUGGGAUUCUGCAACUGGAAGUACACUCCGACCUACCGCGGGUUCGACUCCUUCUACGGCUACUACAACGGAGCGGAGGACUACUACACUCACGUUGUCGCAACUGGACUUGAUCUGAGGGACGACAAGGACGUGGUGAAGACUAAGAAUGGACAAUACGGCACUUACUUCUUCACGGACCGGGUUGUUGAUAUUGUUGAGAAGCAUCAGGCGGACACCCCACUGUUCCUGUACUUGCCCUUCCAGAACGUACACCAACCCCUAGAGGUUCCAAAACGAUUUGAAGACAUGUACGCAAGCGUGCAAGAUGAAAACAGAAGGACACUUCUUGGUAUGGUGAGCGCCAUGGACGAAGCUGUCGGUAACGUUACCAUGGCAAUGAAGAAUGCAGGACUGUGGGACAACACUCUCGUGAUCUUCACCACUGACAACGGCGGCUGGAUCACUGCCAGCGGUAACAACUACCCCCUCCGUGGCGGGAAGACGACGCUGUGGGAGGGGGGCACCAGGGGGGUGGCGUUCGCGCACGGCAAGAUGCUGCAGAAAACAGGCUACACAAACAAUGAGAUGAUUCAUGCAGUGGACUGGUACCCAACGAUCCUGGCAGCUGCAGGUGGUACUGCAGACGCCGGUAUAGACGGGGUUAGUCAGUUGGACACCAUCCUGUCGGGUAAGCCCUCCCCGCGCACAGAGUUUGUCUACAACAUCGACGACGUGCAGACAACCAAGCAGGGAGCAAUCAGGGUUGGUGACUACAAGCUGAUAGAGGGGAACGCCGGGACGCCUGACGGGUGGAUCCCCCCGCCUAACCUGACGGAGGAGACUCAGUCUGACGGCGAGGACCCCAACAACGGCACCUGGCUCUUCAACCUUAAAGACGACCCUACAGAACACCACAACCUGGCGGACAGCAUGCCGGACAAGCUGAAGGAGAUGCAGGCUAAGCUGGAGGAGUACAGGAAGAGCCUGGUGCCCGCCAUGGACCCGCCGCCCGAUCCAAAGUCUACCCCGAUGCUCUGGGGAGGGGCGUGGUCACCCGGUUGGUGCUAGGCAACGGGGCGUGGUCACCCGGCUGAUGCUAGGCAACUGGGGUGUGGAUCUGCUGGCUGCUGCUAAGCAAUCAUCGUCACCAGUGGAUUUGUUUUGGGUUUGGACGAGGCAUUUAUUCGGAAACAGUCAGACAUUAAACGUAAUUAUAGCUUCCAGACCAAAAUUUUAUGUGCUAUGUAGCCGUGGGGACUCUUGAUUCGGGCUUACAUUGCAUUACCCUCAGACAAGAGUCGUGGAAAGAUGCAUUGGCAAAACUG